GAUCACAGCAAAGAAGUAGAUAAGAUCAGGGCACCGCGGAAUUUUACAAACAAGGCCACGCCGGUGCAAUAACCAAGAAUGUGACAAAGCACGGCGUGAUACAACAUCAACAGAAUACACCGGGAAAAACAGGAAUUCAGGCUACCAGGUGUAUCUAUACACCAUGCUUGUCGAUUUUGAAGCUCCAACAUUGCCACGGACAUAUUGAACAUGUAUUUUGAGGGUGCAUUACUCGGAACACACACAACGAGCUCGGGAGCGCGAAAUGGCGAGCCAAGCAUGUCAAGACUCCGACUGAUUUUCACACCGCGUCACUCAAGUCUCUAGUUGUUCGUAAGAAUAUGCAUGCUGAACACGCAUCGCGCACAGUGCAUAAUACAAGCUCAGGAGCGCGACAUCGCGAGCCGAGCAUAUUGGGACCCUCCUCCAUUUCCAAGCGAUUCGCGUCCCGGAAGUCUUCCAACUAUGCAUAUUAAGCGUGUAUUCCAAGCAACGUUGCGCAUAGAAUCCAAACUAUAAAUGCCAAAAACAAACCUCCCAGCUCCGCAGCGCGAUGGCUCGCCCUUUGUGGGGACUCACAGUCAAGUGUGGAAUAGCGGGGUGGCAGUGUGUAGCUGGGACGGGCUGUGAGCGCAUUGUGUCGUGAGCGAGGUUGGGAGAGGAGACUGGAGCAGGGGAGGGUUGGAUCGUGUUGGAGCGCCAGGGCAAGCAACUUUGUAAGUGCGGCCUCAAAGCGUUGAGCCCAGCAGGUGCUAUCCCUCGAGGAUAUUUGGCAUUGGCUUUGCCUAGACCUCAUGCGUCGGCUUUGGCCUCAUGGCCCGGGGCGGUGCACUUUAGUGCCCGUUUUCAUGUGUUCAUUGUUUUCAAGAGUUUCUGCAUUCGAUGAAUAGCCCGUCGAAGGCUGUACUGGUAGCCGAAACAAGCAAAAAAGACAACAACCCUAAUGUAAGGUUCUUGCCGA